AUGUCUUUUGUGGUGUGUGAGGUGCAGCCGAAGGGGCAGGAGCUGCUGGGGCAGGCGCGGGCCGGGAGCCUGGCGCUGGACGAGCUGGCAAGGCGCCUCACCGUCCUCAUCGAGGAGGCGGCGGAGCGCAGCAGCAACGUCAAAUUCCCGGGCCUCAGGAGGCAGGUGACCGCCUCGGACCUGCUGGACUCGGGCAUCAUCGACAAGGACACGCUGGCCGACCUCGUCCAGGGCUCCAAGACGGUGGAGGAGGUGACGGAAAUGGCCUCCGUCAAGCGCUACCUGGACGGCACGGGCUGCAUCGCCGGCGUGCUGGUGCCCUCCAAGGACCACCCCGCCAAGAUGGAGAAGAUGAGCAUCUACCAGGCCAUGUGGAAGGGCAUCCUGAGGCAGGGCACGGCCCUGGUGCUGCUGGAGGCGCAGGCUGCCACCGGCUUCCUCGUUGACCCGCUCACCAGCAAGAAGCUCUCCGUGGACGAGGCCGUCUCCUCCGGGCUGGUGGGCAGCGAGCUGCACGAGAAGCUCCUGUCGGCCGAGAGGGCCGUCACGGGCUACACCGACCCCUACACCGGCGACCAGAUCUCCCUCUUCCAGGCCAUGAAGAAGGAGCUCAUCGUCAAGGAGCACGGCAUACGCCUCCUCGAGGCCCAGAUCGCCACCGGCGGCAUCAUCGACCCCGUGCACAGCCACCGCCUCCCCGUGGAGGUGGCCUACCGGCGCGGCUACUUUGACCAGGAGAUGAGCCAGAUCCUCUCCGACCCCACCGACGACACCAAGGGCUUCUUCGACCCCAACACCCACGAGAACCUCACCUACAUGCAGCUCCUCCGCCGCUGCGUGCCCGACCCGGACACGGGGCUGCUCAUGCUCCAGCUCAUGGACAAGGGCUCCGUCCUCUACCAGCUCACCGAGGACGCCCGCAAAGCCCUGCAGGCCGCCCGCACCACCCUCAGCGUGGGGCUCUUCCAGGGCCAGAGCGUCACCGUCUGGGAGCUCCUCUUCUCCCGCUACGUCCCCGACCACCGCCGCCAGGACCUCCUCCGCAAGUACAAGGCGGGGACGCUCACCAUCUCGGAGAUGAUCGCCCUCCUCACCGCCAUCAUCACCGGGAGUGUGAGGAGGUAAUUGCAGGGCACAGGCAGCAUUGGCGGGGUGUUCAUAGAAGCAUCCACAAAGAAGAUGACCUUUUACGAUGCCAUGAAAAACAAUCUUCUCCUCCCUGGGGCUGCUCUGAGGCUGCUAGAAGCUCAGGCAGCCACAGGAGACCUAACUGACCCGGCAACAAACCAGAGACUCAGCGUGAGGGAUGCCGUGAAAGCAGCUGUUGUUGGCGAAGAGCUCACCGAGAAACUCCUUCUCGCUGAGAGGGCGGUGACUGGCUACACAGACCCCUACACGGGGAGUUCCAUCUCACUAUGCCAAGCGCUCAGGAAAGAGCUGAUUCCCCUGGGAGACGCUGUUCCCUUGCUAGAGGCCCAGCUGGCCACAGGAGGGGUCAUUGAUCCCAUUCACCACCAUCAUCUUCCACUCCAGGCCGCGUGCAGGUAUGGCUUCUACGAUGAGGACCUGAACCAAACCCUCUCUCAGCUGAAUGACAGCACCAAAAUCUUCUUUGAUCCAAACACAAAGGAGAACGUGACCUACCAGCAGCUGAAGGACAGAUGCAUUCAGGAGGCUGAGUCAGGUGUCUGGCUCCUUCCUCUCUCAGAAGAUGCCAUGUUCUGUGUGGAUGAACAAACCAUGGAGGUGCUGAAAUCUGUGACAGUUUGUGUCAACAUAGGGAGGUUCAAAGGACAGACUGUGUCAGUCUGGGACCUUCUCAACUCUGAAUACCUCUCAGACAGCAAGAGAAGAGAGCUAGUGCAGAAGUACAAAGAUGAGAAUACUGAAGUGCUACACGAAAUCGUAACAAUUGUCACCACAAUCAUCAAAGAGACUGAGACACAUGGCAAGAAGUUUGCAUUCAAGGGCCUGCGGAAAAGAGUAUCCGCCAGUGACCUCUUCCAGUCUCAACUGAUAGACAAAAAAACCCUCGAUGAGCUCAACCAGGGGAAGAAAACAGUCAAAGAAGUCACUGAAAUGGACUCUGUCCGCAGGUACCUGGAGGGCAGCAAUUUCAUAGCAGGGGUCCUUAUACAGCCAAGCAAUGAGAAGAUGGGCAUCUACCAGGCCAUGCGGAAGGGCAUCCUGAGACCAGGGACAGCACUGGUGCUGCUGGAGGCACAGGCUGCCACCGGCUACAUCAUCGACCCAGAGAAAAACAAGAAGUUUUCAGUGGAGGAAGCAUUAACUGCAGGUCUAAUUGGAGGGGAGAUUUUUGAAAAGCUACUGUGUGCAGAAAGAGCCGUGACGGGCUACACCGACCCCUACACAAAAGCCCCAAUGUCCCUGUUUGAAGCUAUGAACCAAGGACUGAUUGUGAAGAGCCACGGCAUUCGCCUCCUCGAGGCCCAGAUUGCCACCGGUGGCAUCAUCGACCCCGUGCACAGUCACCGCAUCCCCGUGGAGGUGGCCUACCAGCGCGGCUACUUCAACCAGGAGAUGAACCAGAUCCUCUCCGACCCCACCGACGACACCAAGGGCUUCUUCGACCCCAACACCCACGAGAACCUCACCUACAUGCAGCUCCUGGAGAGAUGUGUCCAAGAUUCAGAGACUGGGUUGUACAUGCUACAAGUUGUAAAGGAAAGAGGAAAGUACUUUUACAUUGAUGAGUCUACAAAACAAGUUUUGCGCUCUAAGCCCCUUGAAGUGAAAAUUGGAAAGUUUAAGGACCAAAGAGUUUCCAUCUGGGAAAUUCUCUGCUCUCAUUACAUCUCUGAGCAGAAAAGGAAAGAACUAGUGAUACAGUACAAAUGCAAAACCCUCACACUGGAAGAUCUUAUAGCUCUCAUUCUCAAAAUAAUUGAGGAUACCGAGCAAAGAGGGGAAGCCCUCAAGGUUAAAGGACUCCGGGGGGAUGUGUCAAUAUCAGAAUUGUUUAACUCUGAGAUAAUUGACAAGAAAACUCUAGAUCAGCUGCAGGAUGGGAGUCUCACGCUUGCCAGCCUCACAAAGAGGGACACCAUCAAAAGGUACUUGGAUGGCACUGGAUGCAUUGCUGGAGUUCUACUCCCAUCAAGGAAAGAGAAGAUGAGCAUCUACCAGGCCCUGAAAAAGGGCCUCCUCACAGAGCCAUGUGCACUGGGGCUGCUGGAGGCACAGGCUGCCACUGGUUUUCUCAUUGACCCACUGAAAAAUAAGAAGCUCUCUGUGAAUGAGGCCGUCCUGUCUGGGCUGGUGGGCAGCGAGAUGCACGAGAAGCUCCUGUCAGCAGAGAGGGCCGUGACAGGAUACACAGAUCCUCAUGCAGGAAAUAAAAUUUCCCUCUUCCAGGCCAUGCAACAAAAGAUAACAGUCAAGGAGCAUGGCGUCCGCCUCCUUGAGGCCCAGAUUGCCACCGGUGGCAUCAUCGACCCUGUGCACAGCCACCGCCUCCCCGUGGAGGUGGCCUAUCGGCGCGGAUAUUUGGAUAAUGAUACGUUUCUCCUACUUUCUGAUCCAGAUCAUGGUAGCAAAGGUUUUAUAGAUCCAAACACUCAUGAGAAAAUCAGUUACAGUCAACUCCUACAGAGAUGUUCCAAAGACAGAGAUACUGGAUUGUACCUGCUGCAGAUCAUGGAAAAAGAAGAUGAGGACAGAAGUGACGUCUGGUUCCAAGGACUGAGACAACAAAUAACAGCAUCAGAACUCCUCAGCGCACAGAUAAUCACAGAAGAAACAAUGGAAAAACUCAAUGAAGGAAAAGAGACGGCCCAAGAAAUAGCACAAAUGGAAAGUGUGAGAAGAUACCUUGAGGGAACUGGAAGUAUCGCCGGCGUGCUGGUGCCCUCCAAGGACCACCCCGCCAAGAUGGAGAAGAUGAGCAUCUACCAGGCCAUGUGGAAGGGCAUCCUGAGGCAGGGCACGGCCCUGGUGCUGCUGGAGGCGCAGGCUGCCACCGGCUUCCUCGUUGACCCGCUCACCAGCAAGAAGCUCUCCGUGGACGAGGCCGUCUCCUCCGGGCUGGUGGGCAGCGAGCUGCACGAGAAGCUCCUGUCGGCCGAGAGGGCCGUCACGGGCUACACCGACCCCUACACCGGCGACCAGAUCUCCCUCUUCCAGGCCAUGAAGAAGGAGCUCAUCGUCAAGGAGCACGGCAUACGCCUCCUCGAGGCCCAGAUCGCCACCGGCGGCAUCAUCGACCCCGUGCACAGCCACCGCCUCCCCGUGGAGGUGGCCUACCGGCGCGGCUACUUUGACCAGGAGAUGAGCCAGAUCCUCUCCGACCCCACCGACGACACCAAGGGCUUCUUCGACCCCAACACCCACGAGAACCUCACCUACAUGCAGCUCCUCCGCCGCUGCGUGCCCGACCCGGAUACUGCCAAGGACACCUACACCUUCCGGCAGGAGCGGCCGAGCCACCACGCUGUGGACGCCCGAGCCUGGUGUCUCCGUGGCAGGCGUCCCGGGAAGCGGUGGGACCAGCUGAGAAAGAAGACAAAAUGGAUCAUGCAAUCGGCACUGCUCAGCAAGGACAUCGGUUUCCAAACCACUUGCAGGUAUCGCACCAGCGCUGUCGCUGGCGGCGCAGCUGCAGCCGGCACACAGCACGCGCUCCGCUGA